AUGGCAUCCUCCGCCACCAUCACCAAGACCCCCAAGCAGCGUCGUGGAGGCCCCGCCAAAGUCGACGGCGACAAGACCAAGUCGCCGUCCACAGCAAACGACUUCUUCUGGACAUACACCGAGGAACCUCACCGGACACGACGGAAUGCCAUUAUCAAGGCUCACCCAGAGAUCACCAAGCUCUGCGGUCCUGAACCAUUGACUAAGUAUGUCGUCCUCGGCGUCGUCUCCCUCCAGCUCGGUCUGGCAUACUACCUCCGCGACACGCCCUUCUUCUCCCUCAAAUUUUGGGCCAUUGCCUACAUUAUUGGUGCCACGGCCAACCAGAACUUGUUCUUGGCCAUCCACGAGAUAUCGCACAACCUGGCUUUCAAGAGCCCCAUGGCCAACAGGUACCUGGCCAUCUUUGCCAAUCUUCCCAUCGGGAUCCCCUACAGUGCUUCAUUCAGGCCAUACCACCUCACCCACCACAAGAGCCUAGGCGUAGACGGCGUCGACACCGACCUCCCCACAGCCAUCGAGGCCGUGGUCCUCGACUCAAUCUUCGGCAAGGCCUUCUUCUGUACCUUCCAGAUCUUCUUUUACGCCGUGCGCCCCAUGGCUGUGUACCGCAUCCCCAUCACCAACAUCCACCUGCUCAACAUUGUCGUCCAGGUGGCCGUCGACAUGGUCUUGGUCAAGCUCGGGUCCUGGAACUCGCUCCUGUACCUCGUCUUCUCGUCGUUCCUCGCCGGCAGCCUCCACCCCCUGGCCGGCCACUUCAUCGCCGAGCAUUACGUGUACGAGACCGUCCCCGCCGGUGCCAAGAACCCGGACAACGGCAUCCCCAUCCCCGAGACCUUCUCCUACUACGGCCCCCUGAAUUGGCUCACCUACAAUGUCGGCCUGCACAACGAGCACCACGAUUUCCCCGCCGUGCCCUGGACGCGCCUCCACGCCGUUCGCGACAUGGCCUCCGACUUCUACGAAGACCUGCCCUACCACCGUUCCUGGGUUAUGGCCAUCUGGCGAUUCAUCUUUGACGAGAAUGUCGGUAUCAAGUGUCGUGUCAAGAGAGAGGGUUCAGGCCGCAUCGUCGGUGGUGUCGUCCAGUCCAGCUGGAAGGAAAGUGAGAUUCAGAGCUAA